CUUUUCCUAGCAGUUGCUGUUACGCUAACCUUGUGUUAACUUGUAGGCUUGGGGUUUGUCGUCGCAACGACUCCUAAACUACAUUUAAAUGUUAUAAAAAAUAUUUAAAAAAAAACUAAAAAACUAUUAUUAAAAAAUACAAAAAAAGAACACAUUAACUCAUUAGAUUGCUUGUUAUUAUAUAUUAUUGUUUUGACAAAACGAAGUACUGAGCUACGUUUUUAAAACAAAAUGCAGUCAACAACGCAGAAUUACCCAAUUGCUUCCUUAUAUGUUGGUGACUUAAACCCUGAUGUCACAGAAGCAAUGUUGUUUGAAAAGUUUAGUCAAACUGGUCCUGUGCUUUCAAUUCGUGUUUGUCGGGACUUGGUUACAAGGCGUUCCUUGGGUUAUGCAUAUGUUAACUUUCAACAACCAGCAGAUGCUGAACGAGCGAUUGACACAAUGAACUAUGAUCCUAUUAAAGGACGUCCUUGUCGUAUCAUGUGGUCUCAGCGCGAUCCAACUCUACGACGCUCUGGUGUUGGAAAUAUUUUCAUUAAAAACCUAGAUAAAAAUAUUGAUAACAAGGGCCUUUAUGAUGCUUUUAGCGCUUUUGGUAAUAUUCUGUCUUGUAAAAUAGCUGUUGACUCGAAAAAUGUUUCUAGGGGUUAUGGGUUUGUUCAUUAUGAAACAAAAGAAGCUGCUCAUGAAGCUAUUGCUAAAGUCAAUGGAAUGAUGUUAAAUGACAAGAAAGUCUUUGUGGGUGAGUUUAUGUCAAAGCGCGAACGUCUUGAAAAACUUGGUGAUCAGGCAAAAAAAUUUAAAAAUGUGUUUGUCAAAAAUUUUGGCGAUUCAUUAGAUGAAGAAAAACUAAAAGAAAUGUUUGGCAAACAUGGAGAAAUAACAAGUUGUGUUGUCAUGGCUGAGUCUGGCAAGAGUAAAGGUUUUGGUUUUGUUGCAUUUGAAGCGCCUGAAGCUGCAGAAGCAGCUGUAAAUGAACUUAAUGGUCUUGAGAUAGAAGGGAGAAAGCUUGUGGUUUGCAGAGCUCAAAAGAAAGCUGAGCGAACAAUGGAAUUAAAAAGCAGGUUUGAAGCACAGAAAAUGGAAAGAAUCAAUCGCUAUCAAGGUGUCAAUUUGUACAUUAAAAAUCUUGAAGAUGGUUUGGAUGAUGAGCGAUUACGAUCAGAAUUUUCUACUUAUGGCACUAUAACAAGUGCUAAGGUUAUGAAAGACGAAAAAGGUAUUUCAAAAGGAUUUGGAUUUGUUUGUUUCUCUUCUCCUGAUGAAGCAACUAAAGCUGUUACUGAAAUGAAUGGUAGAAUUUUGGUUACAAAACCAUUAUAUGUUGCACUUGCUCAACGCAAAGAAGAAAGACGUGCACAACUCUCUACUCAGUUUUUACAGCGUGUUAAUCCACUUAGAUAUAAUGCUUCUGGAACAAUGCCUCAAGCUGGUUAUUCAUUUCAAGCUGGUCAACCUGGUUUUUACAUUCCAACUGUGCCAACAAAUCAGCGUCCAUUCAUUACACAAUCUGUUAAUCAAAUCACUCGUCCACGUUGGCAAAGCCAAGCACCAGUGCAACAAAUUCCAGCUAAUACUCAAUAUGCCUCUCAUGUUACUCAAAUUAGAGCUGGUGCUGCUCCACCAAGACCAAGGCAUCAAGGUGCUCCUAAUGUUGCUCGUCGUGAACCUGCUCCAUAUCAACCUGGUAUGGGAACUCGAACAAUGCCUAGUCAACAGGUUCCAAUUCGGCCUAAUGUUCCAGCAGUUGCGCAACAGCGUACAGCUUAUAAAUAUAAUCCCAACACGCGAAACCAGUAUCCAGCCGGUCAAAUGAUAGGACAGCCUGAUCAAGCUGCUGCUAUAAUUCAAGGUCCAGAUCAGCUAACUUCGACUAUUCUUGCAACUGCUACACCUACAGAGCAAAAGCAGAUGAUUGGUGAACGUCUGUUUCCCUUAGUGCAAGAAUUUCAACCACAUCUAGCUGGUAAGAUUACAGGUAUGUUAUUAGAGAUUGAUAACAGUGAGUUGCUUCAUAUGUUAGAGUCACGUGAUUUACUUCGUGCUAAAGUGGAAGAAGCCGUACAAGUUCUGCAAGCACAUCAAGCUAAAGAGGCUGCUGCAGCAGCAGCUGGUACAGCCGUUGAUAAAAUAUAGAUUAUUUUAUGAACAAAAGUAUGCAAACAUAUAAUAGAUAGUCACUUUUGCAAACAAGUUUCUUUUCAACAAAUUUAGUUUCUUGGGAUCUUUAUCUAAACUAAAAGCGUUUUGGGGUUCAAUUCAUUUUUAGUCUGUGUAAGAAUUUUUAAAGAUAUAAAUAAACUUUUAAAGCUAUAAAUGUUUUGAGUUUCAAAACAUUUUAUGACAUACCUAUUUGUAAGCAAUAGUGACAAUUUUUUAAUAACAUUUUUUAAGACAAAGUACUAAUAAAAUCUCUCGAUUCAUGUUAUGUUUAAUACUAACAAUUUAAAAUCGUUUGCAAAAAAAAAUCCUUAUCUUUUAAUACUAAAUUUAAUUUUGAGUGACUAGUAGAUAAUGUUAAUAUAUCUUGCCCUUUUUAUAGUGUACUUUUGUGUAAUCUUUCUUUUUCUAGUCUUAGAGGAUUUUAUUUUAUUUUUUACGCGAAUAUUGGUCGUGAAAAGUGUGUAUCAGGAUAUCUAUUCCCUUGAUAAGUUAGUUGUUUCUCUAAUAUUUUUAGAGAAGAAUGCUUGAAUUUUUAGUAUUAAGACCAAUUUACACUCGGAAAUGUCGAAUCUAUUAGUAAAUGUUUAUGUGAAAGCAUACUCGUGUUUCAUAAUAUGAAAAAUAUUAAUAUCUAAA